AUGAGCAACUCAGGCGUAAUAGCUCAGCUCGACUUGCCAGUCAGGUGUUUCUCCCAGCUGGUGAACGUGCGCUGUCAGGGCCUCUCCAGUUCACAGCAUAUCGUCGCCUCCAUCCCCUUCGCCCUCCUCAUCGUCAUCCUUCCCUUCCUUCUCAUCUCAACAUGGAAGAUCCCUCGCGCCUCUCUCCUCCUACUAGGCAUAGAGAUCAUCCUCCACCUCGGCGUACACGCCUGGGACCUCGGAUACUUCCUUCUUCGCCCGAGCUUCUCCAACUUCCGGUCGACCGAUACCGCCCUUGCAAUCGCCUCAGCCACGCCGAUACUGGUAUACCUCCUCGCGCUCACUUCGCACCUCCUCAGCGAUAUCAGGGGGUACCUGCCAUUCUCCCUGCAGGGCAAGGGAUCCAGUAUCGUGUAUGCUGUAUUGAUCGCGCCGCUCAUUCCUCUCGCUUAUGCUGCGAGCCUGCUAGGAGGGUUUGCGUUUGUACAGCAUCGCCAAGUGCGAGGUGCCAUCUUCCUCUCCUUCGCCAACAUCCAGGAAGACUGGGUCAACGCUGUAUUGACCAACAUCGGAACGAUAGCCGCACUCGCCUACAUCCUCUUUGUCGUCCUCCUCGCGCUCAUCCCCCUCCUCCACCCACCCUCAACCUACGCCUACCUAUCCUCCUUCCCCACCCUCCGCCCCCUCCUCAUCUGCACCCUCUCCAUCCUCCUCUCCGGCGCCGAGACCGCCCUUGGUUUCGUCCCGCUCGACGCCCUCGCGCCCACCGUGACCUUCAUCGUCAUCCUCCUGCGGGGUUGUUUACUCCUCCUCAGUCGAGCUGGCGUGAUAGGGAGCCUGAUCUGGGCGUACAGUAUCAAAGAAGAACGGCGGAAGAGGCGGAGUGGGCUCUUCGUGGGUGGACCUAUACAGGGCACGUUCCGCAAGCUCGAUGCGGGCGGGACGACGGACUUUUACGUCGUCCACGCAGAGCAGCAUGGAUUGGGCUCGGGCAGGGCAGCGAUACCGACAGCACCGGAUAAGGUCGUACUGCGCACACCAAGAGCGCAUGCGCCGAAGCUCAGCUUUACCUCUUCGGCGUUUGCAGCCUUCUCUCCGCCCACGCCACUUCGAGAACAACCAUCCCGUACCGACAUGCAUGGACGAUCGCGGGCAAUAGGCGAGAAUAGACCGGACAGGAAGACGAGGAAGAACCUCGGGUCGAUAUAUGCGCCAAAGAGAGUGACGGUCGAUCCCCUCACGCUGGCGCAGUGGCCGCCGACGCCGGUCCCGCCCGAUACUCGACCAGAGAGCGGGACAUUACCCAGUAUAGCGGGUGAUAAUCCAGGCGCGGAGAGAUUGUGGAUUGGCGGAGCGAGGGACGGAGAGGCGAGGCGUGUAGAGAGUAGCCAAGGUACGGCCGACCCGUUCGACGCGUCGAACUCGGACGAUGCGGUCGUCGGGUCGACAAACACUCGACUCGCCUCGUUCGCUUCUUCCUUCUCGCCAGGUCCGUCUCCUACUUCUUCCCGCGGAGAGAUGGGUCUGGCUCGGCUCGGACAAACCCCAUCCCGCCAAACACCCAUCGCGACCGCCAUCACUCCCCCUUCCCCCGGUGCUUCCAUAAUCGCCAUCCCCUCCGCUCCAGUACGCACCAACUCGUAUCGGCGCAAACCUGUCCCGCAAGUGGCCGAGGUAUCCUCCGCACAAGGGUCAUACAGCCCAUCCUCCACCUCACGCCCUGUGCCGGGGCGCAACGACCUAACUCAGCGCAAAAGCACCGCCCCCUCCCCCGUGUCCUCCUACACCCCCUCAGUCUCGGACCACCGCCGGACCCUCUUCUACGCUACGCCCAUGUCCUCCCCUACGACCAGCCCAACAAAGGAAGAAUACCUCUUCCCUCUCCCAUCCAGCCGAGCCGACGGUCGCGGACCGCCAAGCCGCCAACAGUCUUGGCGUCAAGCUCCAGAGUCCGCCACGUUGCCUCAAUACAGCGCGGAUCGGGGCGUUUCACUGAGCGGAUACCAGCGAGACAGCGAGGUGGGCGUCAGAGCGAUGGCGAGCCUGGCGCGCUUAAGGCGGGAGACGGGGAUGGCGCUCGAUGUGGAAAGGCUAGGGAAGCGGAGUCCGGGCGGAGGAAGGGAGAGCGUGAUGACGGGCUUGAGUGUGUUGAGCGCCUCGAGUAGCCCGGGGCAGCUGGGGAAGGAGAGGUAUAGUGGGAUUAGCGGGAUCAGCGGCGUGAGCGACGUGGGUGAGGUCGCGACGCCAACAGCGAGAGCGGGGGAUCUGGAAGAAGAGGAGAAGGGGGCAGGUGCGUGGUGGGCUUAUCCGGGCGAUAGAAGGGUAUAA